AUGUACUGGCCAAACGGAGUCCCCAGGGUCUAUGCGAUCAAUGGCCCUGGGAUUCCUGCCCCGCUAUCGGACGAAGUUGACGACUCAAUCCGUGAGGAUGCAUCCGCAGAGUACGCUGAACAGGAUCAACCGCUGAAUCAGAGCAAUGGCUCAACAACGCAUCCCCAAACGGCGCCGUCGUCCCAGUGGGCAGAUGAAGCAAUAAGGGGGCUCUGCCUUUCUCGGACCGGCCAUAUGUUUGCGACGAUGUCCAACUCUUCGAUAGCCGUCUGGCAAACCAGGCCCACUGCUGUUGUUGCGGCCUUUUCUCGAUCAUCGACAUCACUAGAAACCUACGGUGCCAAUGUUGCCCUCCUCAUGCGUCCCGAUGCGACAAUCCUUGUUGUUCAGACACUGAAAGGCUAUCUACUUACCUAUACCAUUGCAACGGACUCCAAUUCCCGUGUUUACCAGCAGCAGUAUGAUCAGAGCAGCGCCUCUCGCCGCCAGCAACUAGCCCGAAUCUCAGCCGAUGAAGACUCUAGCAGCAUACACGAUGUCAGUAUCCGGUUUCGAAUGGCAAUCAAAAUAGAGUCUGGAAUUAUGAAGGCUCUAGCAUUAGACAAUGAGCUUGUGGUUGCGACUGUGAAGCCCGCUGCUAUUCAAUGCAUACGAUGGACACCUGACGAGCACGGUACGCAAACUACGUCGGAGCUUUUAAGCAGAGUUCUAGGUGUCUCAAAGCGGACAUCUAUCGCUGACAUGGUGUAUGACCGUGCAAUAAACCUGAUGGUAUGGGUGACCAAUGAGGGCCACGCGUACGCCGUUCAACGUGUCUCCGAGCUAUCACAAGUGUCCGAACCUCAUAAAGGUCUCUUCAAUGGCCAUUGCUUUCAUACUCCGACUAGCGACGACGAUAAAGCUGUCAAAGUUACGGUGAAUGCUCGCUUUUCACUACUCACUGUCAGCUGUGCCAACGGCGAUGUCCUCGUUUACACGGCUAAAGACUACCUGGGGAACGUUCCUCUGUCACACAAGCUCGAAUCGCCUGCCUCUCCGAACACAACUGGUGAAUUAACAUUCAUGUGCUACUCGCCGGAUGGUUACUGCCUUUUUGCUGGUUACGAACAUGGUUGGACAACAUGGAGCGUAUUCGGCAAGCCUGGUGGGAACAGUUUUUCCAUUGAUCGGUCCGUUGCUACGUCUAAUGGUGAGGACUGGUUGACCGGUGCGUCACACGGUUGCUGGAUAGGUGGGGGCUCAGACAUCAUUUUGACUGCCCACGAUGACCGACGCUUGUGGAUUCUCGAAACAGCCCGAAGCGCCCUGACUGGGUGCUAUUCCUCUGCCAACCUUGCCAGGGGCUUAUUGCAAACGUCGACAGAAGUAAUCAUUUACCGAGGGCACGAUCUACCGGACCUCAUAACAAUCUCUGGCAAAGACUCACUAUGGCAUCAUGCCCAGUAUCCACCAGCAUACCUUCACUCACAAUGGCCUAUCCGCGCCAGUUCUGUGUCUCAAGACGGAAGAUAUGUUGCCAUAGCAGGAAAGCGUGGUCUUGCGCACUAUAGCGUGAAUAGUGGCCGCUGGAAGGUAUUCGAGGAUUCCAAGGUCGAAAAUUCAUUUGCUGUUCGGGGCGGGAUGUGCUGGUAUGGUCAUAUUUUAAUCGCGGCCAUUGACCGUGAUGGCUCAUACGAGCUAUGCAUGUUUUCCCGCGAGCUUCCAUUAAACAACUAUUCUAUUCUUCACGUAGAAUAUCUCCCUUCGCCCGUGGUUUUCAUAGGCCCGUCCGGCGAGGAUUCCCUACUCGUCUACACCUACGAGAAUAUCCUAUAUCAUUAUAUAAUAAAUUCGACACAAUCCCGAAUCACGCUCGUCCCAGUUGGCCAGAUCGCCUUCAACGGAAUCGUGCGGGCACCCACCCGCGUUCGAUCUAUCAGCUGGGUCUUGCCUGAAGACCAAUUACGGAAUGGGGACCCAGCUCACGAUGUGAAGGUGGCAUCUGUGCUCCUACUAGUUGAUGGAAACCUGGUGCUCCUCCAGCCAUCGAUGUCGGACUCCGGAGAACUCAAAUAUGAUAUGCGCGUGAUAUCACACGACGUUGAGUAUUACAUCUUGAUGCGUGAUCAGCUAUCUUUCAAUUUCGCUCCGCCUGUCGAGGAAUCACUCCCUCCUAGUCCAGCUGCAGAGUUGGCCCUCAACCAAUAUCACAGCAAUCUGUCCUUACGAGAUUCUCUUUGGACGUUUUCCGGGAAGGAUCUCACAGCCUGGGGUGAUGUUCAGGAAGUUUUACAGCGGGAGGAUGUACCGAAAUCUAUCGAAGUACCUUUGGAUUUUUACCCCCUGUCAGUUCUGCUGAACAAAGGGAUUGUACUUGGGGUGGAACCGGAAACAAUACAACGGCGCGAUAUCACAUUCGUGGUGCUCAAAUUCGCUAUUCGGACACACCUCUUCCUUCCGUACUUCCUCCAGCAUAGUCUAGUCCAGGGCGACAUCCCUUCGGCUCAGUCACUAUACCAAUAUUUCUCCCACCUUUCGUACUUUCCUCACGCCCUUGAAAUCCUUCUCCACCACGUCCUCGACGAGGAAGAUGAUAGGAUGGCGCAGGAAAGCAAACUCGAUGACCAAACUCCAAGACACGACCCUCUUCUUCCCUCCGUCAUCUCCUUCCUUCAGGCGUCUGUUCCGCCUAGUGUGUACCUGGAUAUCGUUGUCCAAUGUACACGUAAAACAGAACUUCGAUCAUGGCGUACGCUUUUUGCCUACCUCCCUCCACCAAAGGAUCUCUUCGAACAAGCGCUUAAACUCAAUUCCCUGAAAACCGCUGUGGGCUACUUACUCGUCUUACAAGCAUUUGAAGACGAAGCAGAGGGCCAUGAUGCCCCAGUUGAAGAUUAUGUUGUCAGACUAAUGAUAUUGGCAUCGCAAAAGAGUGACUGGGAACUUUGUGCACAACUAGCACGGUUCCUAGUUGCCCUUGAUGGAUCCGGUGAGAUGCUCCGCCGUUCUGUGUCGCGUGCAGGUCUGCGACAUGGCGGUUCUCCUGCUGGAAUCAACGGCACUACAACCAAUCUGAAAGGGCUCGGUCUGGCCAUUCGCUCACCGUCUUGGUCUUCACAGUCUGCUGCAGCCUCGAUCUCACCGCGUGGCAGUCCCACCAGAGCAAGCGACAUGUCAACCAGGAGCGGCGACGCAAACACAUAA